CUCCUCCAGUCACUCAGUCCUAAGUUGAGCUCGCUUGAGCGCUGACAGACGAUUAGACCAGAAAGUCCUCUUGUGCCUAUAGGUAGAUAGAUAGGUGGAGAAGCUUUCUGGAGGGGAAUUUUUUCCUCAGUGUACCGUCCGUGACAUCGGCAUCGGCGCGCGCACUAACUAGCAGCCACUGACAAUGCGCGACAGAUGCGUCUAUACAUUUAACUGUUAAAGAGAUUUCGGAAAGCGAACCCGAGACAUUGGGUUAUACAGGGGAUUAAAACAAAAAUGAUCACUGCAGUCAACGAGCACGCGUAGCUCUGACCUGGUUAUAGUAGUUGUCUUGAUCUGAUUGUAGCUGUAUAGCUCGUUGAAUGCGCUGCGGCUCUGACAGGUCAGUUCUUUUGUCACUACAGUGAGUUACUGCUGGUGAUGCUUGUGUGCAGUGACGUUGUGGCGCUUUGUCCGAGGUGCGCUGGAGAGAUAUAGUUGAAUUACAUCAGUGCACCAAGUGACUGGAGUGCGACACAGAGAGGAGAAACGGCGCUGGAUGAAUGGGAGGAGAAGUGUUAAUUCUCAAUAAGAUUUGCACUAGUUGCUUAAGAAGCGUUAAGCAUCAUUUAGAGUAGAGGUGCAUUCAUGGAAUGCGAAUGUGACCGCAUCCCACUGCCUAUCUAACUUUGACCAAGACAGUAAAGAGGAGUGACAGAAGAGACUUGUAGGAAUGAUGGCAGAGACAACCCUGGAUCCACUGUCCUCCCUGGACAUUGCCAUUGAUCCAGAUUUUGAGCCACAGAAACGGCCGAGAUCAUGCACUUGGCCUCUGCCCGAGUCCAGCAUGGCUAAGCCUGCAUCCAAUGACACUGAUAUAAUCCCAGAGGAAGAGGAUGAUGAGGAUGACAGCGCGAUGACAAUCAAUGCCAAUGGCAUGGGUGAAGGAGAGGACAACGGCAGCCCAAGCCUGGCCGAAGAACUGAUUUCUAUUACCGGCCAGGAGAACACAGGGUCUCCACUCUCUUCUCAGGCAGCUUCGGCAACCACAGCGAGUCCAGAGGUGGCCAGUCAACAGCAAACUCCCAGGAAGUCAUCUUCAAGGAGGAAUGCAUGGGGCAACCUGUCCUACGCAGACCUGAUCACCAAAGCCAUAGAGAGCACCCCUGACAAGAGACUCACACUGUCCCAGAUCUACGACUGGAUGGUCAGCAGUGUCCCGUACUUCAAAGACAAAGGCGACAGCAACAGUUCAGCUGGUUGGAAGAACUCCAUCCGGCAUAAUCUGUCCCUGCAUAGCCGUUUUAUCCGUGUACAGAAUGAAGGAACUGGAAAAAGCUCAUGGUGGAUGAUCAAUCCUGAAGGGGGGCGGGGAGGUAAAGCGCCAAGGCGACGUGCAGUCUCCAUGGACAAUGGUAACAAAUACACCAAGACUGCACGUGGGCGAGCGGCCAAGAAAAAGGCAGCGCUGCAGGCUGCCCAGGAGGGUUCACUGGAGAACAUAUCUGCUGGUGGCCUGGCCAAGUGGCCAGGAAGCCCCACUUCCCGGAGCAGUGAUGAACAGGAAUCCUCCUGGACUAACUUCCGUUCUCGAACCAACUCCAAUGCUAGCACCGUGAGUGGACGCCUGUCACCUAUCCUGGCCAAUCCAGAGCUUGAUGAUGUCCCAGACGGGCCACCCCUGUCUCCAAUUCUUUACUCCAGCCCCAGCAGUCUCUCUCCCCCAUCGUCAACCUCAUCAAACUCCAAAACGUGCCCGGGUGAACUUCCAGUACUUGCUGACCUGACUGGCACAAUGAAUCUUAAUGAGGCGGACAACCUAAUGGUCGAUUUGUUAGACAACAUCGCCACACAAGUGCAGGUAGUUCAAGGAUCUCCUGCUUUCAGUUUUGGCUCUAAGAGCACAGGGUCACCCCCAAGCACCUCUACAUCUCAAACUGUGAGCAACAACACCGGAGGAUUCAGCAACCCCAUUUUUGGCCCUUCACCAGGAAGCCUUCGUCAGACACCCAUGCAGACCAUCCAGGAAAACAAGCAAACAUCGUUCUCCAGCAUUUCUUGUUUUGAGACCUCACUUCAGGACCUGCUAAAUUCUGAUUCGCUGGUCUCGCACAGUCAUAGUGAUGUAAUGAUGACACAGUCGGACCCACUCAUAUCACAGGCCAGUGCUGCAGUCACCUCUCAAAACUACCGUCUACGCAAUAACCCCAUGCUUCGUAAUGAUCCCAUGAUGUCAUCAUUCAGUUCUGUGCUCAAUGGCCGAAAUGGACACCUCCAGAACAAGCAACACCAUCAUGGGUCCAACGGCCAGGGUUCUUUGCGUUCCCUCUCCAACAACAGGGCGCAAAGUCUAGUUAACGAUGCUAAUAAUCUAGUCUCAGCAAAGCAGCUCCUCCAGCCACAGCCCACCAUGCUGAUGACCGAGACGCCGCUUUACUCUGGCCUGAAUGGAAGUAAUGGGGUUGGAAUCUGUCACCCAUCAGGAACAGAUCGAUUUCCCUCAGACCUGGACCUUGACAUCUUUAACGGCAGUCUAGACUGUGAUGUGGAUUCCAUAAUCCGCUCAGAACUAAUGGACUCCGAUGGACUGGAUUUUAACUUUGACGCAUUGGUGCAAAAUGCUGUUAGUCUGAAUCCUGUGGGAAACUUCACUGGAACAAAGCAGUCCAAUCAUAGUUGGGUGCCAGGCUGAUGGCAGUUGCUCAGGCUCAGCUCAUCAAAGAAAACAACAAAUAACCGAAUAACAACUACAAAAAAAUCCUGCACAAAAAAAACAAACAUCCAACAGACUUGAAGUAUCCAUUGCCAAGUUUGCUGUCUGCGGCAAGCACUGGAUGAUAUGCCUGUUUACAGGUCCAUCUGACUACAACAUCCCUGAUGAUGUUUACCUUCAGUUCAGCAGACCUAGACUAUAACGAAAGACUGCCCAGUGGAAGAAACACUCAAACUAACAGUGAACUCAGAUUAUUAAUGCCGCAUUAUGCAAUGUUUGAAAUGAUCCCUUUGUUAGAGGUGAAGUAAUCUGAAAAUAUCGUUUAAAGAGGCCUGUUGUAGCUUUUCUGUCAUAAACAUAGUUUCCAUGGCUGGGGUCUCUCUCUCUGUUUUCCCUAACUUUAUUUGUUAAAUGAUCGGCUACUUAUGUCACUCUCUAAGCACUAACUGUGUAGUCACUGAUCAACAUAAGAAGCGAAGAGUUAACCUGGAAAAUUUCAGAGCUCAGGUGGAGUAAUGUAGCUUGACACAGUGCACUUCAUUCAAUGCUUUCAUGUUUAAUUCACUGUUACCAUAAAGUAGUUCCCAAUCUGAAAUAUAGUUGCCUCAUAAUAAUACUGAAGUAAUGCAUUUUUUGUGAUUGAAUAUAAUCAUAUAAGGAGUAAUUAAUUUGUGUGUACUGUCUGUAACUGUACAAAAAAAAGUGGUAAAAUUGAAAGCUUAUAGCAGGUGGAGGCGUCUUAUUUAGCCAGCAAAGCUAUGUUUGGACUUCUCACAUUUAAAUGUAGCCAAAUGUAAUGAAUAAAUAAAUAUUAACUUGCAUCGUGGACAUUUCCAUGCCAUACCAGGUGCUAAAUGAUCAGUGUUGAGCCCUGUCCUUUAUAAAGGCCAUUUGUGUUUCCCUGGCCACGAGGACUAGCAUAAUCGAUUAGCAUUAGCGAUUAGCAUCAUGGCAGCAUUCAAUGGUGGAUGAGCCUUUCCUCUGGAAGCCAUCUUUACUGAGCAAAAACAAUAAGCUAUCUUUUGUAUAUUUGCCAAAUUACUUGAAAACGUAUAGUAGAUGCUGGCAGCCAAAAUCACAAACACACACGGUGAAAUCUGGGGACAUUUGGGUCUCCGUAUGCAAAAUGCAUCACUAUUGCUCAGGGGAGAGUGGGGUCUCCAUUUAAAAACAUCAGGGCCUCAUCUUGAAUUAACUGCAACCUGGCUGUACGCGUUUUCAGAAAUGUUUUAUGAACAUUCGUACAUGAACAACAGUCUUCUGAAGUAAGGAGAUAAAGCAACAGGAAUCAUUCCUGUGUCGUUAUCAGUUUAUUGAUGUCUUCAAGGGGGUUGUCACUUUAUUAAACUUCUUUCUGUUUGUUCCAUUGUGCUCAACUGUUACCACAAAAUAUGUACAAAUCCUGAUGUUUUGUGUUUCCGUCUCUCAGAGAGGGCUACCCUUCACUGCAUACAAUACGUCCAUCUUUGUACGCAUGCAUGUAAAUGUACAUAUGCAUCAUGUGCAAUGCAUAUAUAUGUAUACAUCCAGCUAUACUUAUGAAAUGUGGUGAUAAUACAAAUGUAUCUCUUAAAGUCCAUGCAUUAAACAAAAUAGUUGAAUUGUUACAUGGGGAGUUGGACAUGGUUUAUAGCAGAAGUGUCAAAAUCAAUGUUUACCGUACUUUUAGUCUGCUCUAAUAGCUAAUAAUGUGCUAAAAGAAGAGUCUGUCAAGCCCCAGUUUGCUGCAGAUUUGGUAAUUAGUAGGGAUGUCCUGAUCAGUUUUUUUCUCCUCGAGUCUGAGUCAUUUGAUGUUAACUAUAUAUCGAUACCGAAACCCGAUACUUAUAUAAUACAUAAAAAAAGAAUAAAGAAGAGCAAGAAACAGAUCCAGGAUGUUCCUUAUUUUUAAUUUAACUCACAUUUUUUAACAACUCUGUUAACAAACAGAGCACUUCUGUGAGGUAGCUUGAACAAUCAAGUAAUAAAUAAAAUAAAUUCUUCACUUUUGGAUUUAAUCCAACAGUAAAUAUAAAAAAAACCUAAUAUAAAAACAAACAGCACCUCGACUUAAAAGAACCGGCAGACAAUCCCAAGUUUACAUAUCUCACAGUUUGCUAUGGCAAUGUUGUCGUCAUCAACUUUAUAAUACCUUCAGACCGCAGAUCUACUUACGCUUUCGCUUCAAGCUGCUUCUGUGUUCUACUUUGCCGGCGUUUAACCAGUAGCGUCUCUGCAUUAAAGUAAUGUCAUGUCGCACGCGUUUCUGUAUGGAGUCAAGAAAGAGGUCUAACUCUGUGCCACCGCUUAACUAUAAAUGUGUAAAAAAAAUAAUGAGAAUAUAUACAUAUACAUAUGCAUAUAUCCGAGUCCUGAUCGAGAGGUAAUGUCCGAUUUUGAUCGAGUCUGAAACCUCAUGAUCGGGCCCGAUUCUAAUCACGUGAUCGGAUCUGGACAUCCCUAGUAAUUAGGGAUUAUUAUGUCACAAGAAAACAAAAGUAAUAAUUAAGAUGAUGAAAUGACAUAAAUAUAAGUGUUUAUUUAUGAAACAAUGCUAAUAUUUUAGCAUAAUUGUUACAGUGCAUUUGACACACCUGCUUUACACCAUUAAUUCACACCCACACCAUGGUUCUGCCUUCACCAUAUUCAUCUUUCAAACUCAUUCACAUUGUAACUGAUGAUAUCCGGUAUAAAAUGAAUUGAAAAAUCACCUGUAUAAGACUUAAACCUUCACCUACUGUCUCAAAAACUGCCUUGCAUGUAUUUUUACACCCCUUCUCCUAGAAAAUCUUUUUUAUUUUUACAGAAGAUUCACACAGGUAAUCAUCUUCCCAAUCACUAGCUGAGCAUUCUCAAACAUUACAGGUUUCAGUGUGAUAAUCUACAAAUACCACUAUUUUCAACAUUUUACCACCCUGAUCGUAGCCUUCCUCCCUCACCUCCUUCUGCUUAUUACCUUUGCUCUUUUACCUCUUAUCUUAUAGUCAUACAACUUCGAUACUAGAUGUUUGUGAGUAUUUUUCCUGUGUACUCCAUUUUGAAUUGUAAUCUAGUUUGUAUAAGAAAUGGUGCGCAUGUAAAUAAAGCUUGGUUGAGCUACA